CUGGAGCGUGAGGCGAUGAUCGUCAAGGACAUGUACGAGCUCAUUGACCAGUUCCAGGUGCCUGCCCCACCCGAGGACUUUGUCAUAUACCAGACCUUGAGCCCCAGCAUCACCAACGUGAGAAACGCCAUCGACAAAUCUCUGACCGAGAGAGACAGCAACAUCGACAAGUUCUGUAGUCAUCUGGACAAGGACAUCGCUGAACUGGGCAAGGAGGUGAAGGAGGUGAAACAGGAGGCUCAGGUGGAAGUGACCAAGUUUGACGCACUGGAAGAGACGCACGCCGAGCUGAAGCUGAAAGACAUGUUGUGGAACGCCAUUGAUGAGUGGGAUGUGUUGCUGGGGGACUGGACUACG